CAGGCAGCAGCAGAAGAUCGUUAUUAAUGUCAGGACUUCCUCCUGUCUGUUAGUCACUACCCUUCUGCUCCUACUCCCCGAGGCUCCCAACGGUUUUACACGGAUAUCCCAUCCUGUCGAAAUGAAACGGAACUUGUACGGUACAAAACAGAACUGUUGAUUCUGGUGGACCCGUACCCUUCUUACCAGAGGCUACGAUGUGAAUAAAUAGGCAUUUGCAGGAUUUAUUGGUGGAUUUUUGUGGUUACUGAAAGGCGGGACGUGGUCGGAUCAUACUGGGACGGAGGAGCGGUUGGUCAACCAUGCUGUGGCCAGGUUUAGCGCACUGGGUAGCGGCUGUGUUUCUCUGUAGGGUCGCCUCGGCGCAGUACACCAGCGAUCAGUGCAGCUGGAGAGGAAGUGGUCUGACCCAUGAGUCUCACUCCCGUGAUGUGGAGCAGGUAUACCUGCGUUGCUCCCAGGGCAGUCUAGAGUGGCUCUAUCCUACUGGGGCCCUCAUCGUCAACCUGCGGCCCAACACGGAGCCCACGUCUGGGGCUUCCCCCGGCCUGCACGCCUGCAUCAAGCCCCAGACAGACUCCCGCGGAUCACACCUCUACCUGGAGAGAGCUGGACAGCUCCGCCUGCUGAUGUCUGAGACAGAACAGGCGCGUGGCAGGGUGCAGUGUUUCUCCCUGACAGAGGGGGCGCUGUUCAUAGAGGCAGUGGGCCAGCAGGACAUCAGCAGGAGGAUCACAGUGUUUCAGUAUGAACUGGUGGCCAGCCACGGACCUGGAGCUCAUCUGUACCCACACCUCAACACUGGCACUGCCUCCUGUACACCCUGCACAGAUGACCAGAUCCUGAUGGCGGUAUGCACCAGCGACUUUGCGGGUCGCGGCAGUAUCCGUGGCGUUGACACGCCCUCGUCACCAGACCACUCCUCCGUUGCCGUGACACUAAGCCGCCUGUUCCAUCAGAAGAGUGGAGUGUUCUCUUGGGAUGGAGCCAGAGGAAAGGGGUGGUCCGGACAUCUGAACACGCCCCUGCGGUGCCGGCUGCAGCCGAGGGAGGAGGAGGAGUUCCUGUUCACGGGGGCAGUGCGGUUCGGAGAGGCGUGGCUUGGCUGCUCCCCGCGCUACCGCCACUUUCUGAAGCUCUACCGGACCGCCCUGGAGACAGGAAGUAACCCCUGUCACAUGGACAUGGACACAGACUGAGGCCCGCCCCCUCCGCCCAGGAGACAACCAAUCAGGGAACAGGAUUGGGAAACAAACUCAGCGAAUCAGAGACAUAGAGAGAGAGGGCUGGGUCGCUGACUGGACUGACAGGGCCCUGAUCCAAUCAGAGGAGGGAGGUCGUAAAGGGGCGGAAUCUUUGAUAUGACUGAGAGGUGACUGGACGUAGUCCCAAGCCCUGCUAACCGAUUGGCUGAAUCUUUUACAGUUGCCUAGCAGCAAGGAUAGCUGGCCUGUCUCUGAACAGUUCUAAAGACAUCUGUCGUCAUAGAAUGUCUUAAGACCCUGGUGUGUGUGUGUGUGUCUGUGUGUUUGUGCGUAUGUGUUGGAAAUAGAUGUAAAUAUGAUCAUUGUUGUAAUGAAAGUUUGCUUUGUGAAAAGCUUUAUGUACAGUUUAGAGGUUGUCUUCUGACAGAAGUGUAUAGUGGGAUCCUGCACAGCGUGUGUGUCUUAGCGUGUUCGUGUGUGUCUUAGCGUGCUCGUGUGUGUCUUAGCGUGCUCGUGUGUGUCUUAGCGUGUUUGUGUGUGUCUUAGCGUGUUUGUGUGUGUCUUAGCGUGUUUGUGUGUGUGUGUGUGAACAUGUGUGUGUGUGUGUGACUGUGUUAAAGUACAAUAGCUCUCUGGCUCUCUGUUCUAGGGAAUAAACUAUCUUCCUGGAA